AUGGCUUCCAGUGACGAUGCCUCCGUCUCCUUCAAUCCCGCCACGGACAUCCCCUCUCUGGAGGGAAAGGUCAUCCUCGUGACGGGAGGCAACAACGGCCUGGGCAAGCAAUCCGUCCUCGAGUUUGCCCGACACAACCCGGCCGCGAUUUGGCUCGCGUCUCGCGAUGUGAAGAAAGGCCAGGCCGCUGCGGCGGAGAUCAAGAAGCAGGUGCCCGAUGCGCGCAUCAAGGUCCUGCAGCUUGAUCUGGCGUCUUUCGAGUCUGUGAAGAAGGCCGCCAGCACCGUCUCCGCGGAGACCGAUCGCCUGGACAUCCUCAUGCUCAACGCGGGCAUCAUGGCGUCGGCUGCUGGCUUGACCAAGGAUGGCUACGAGAUGCAAUUCGGGACCAACCACAUGGGCCACGCUCUCUUCGCUCAACUCCUCAUGCCCGUUCUGCAGAAGACGGUCAGGAGCACCGAAAACCCCGACGUGCGCGUCGUGGUCAUCUCAUCUGCCGCCUAUCAAGCCCGACCCGAGGGAGGCAUUGAGUUCGACGGGCUCAAGACCCAGGCUGAGAGCAUGCCGACCGUCGUGCGGUACGGCCAGAGCAAGCUCGCCAACAUCAGCUACGCGCGCGAGCUCGCUCGGAGACACCCUGAACUCCGCGUUGUCUCGGUGCACCCAGGCCCCUCGCGGACCAAUCUUGUCAGCAGCAUGACUGGGUUUCCCUUUUGGCUUCGCUGCCUAGAGCGCCUGUCCAACUUCGGAUACACGCCUGUUCACGAGGGCGCCAAGACCCAGCUGUGGGCGUCUGUUUCUACGGACUACACUAGCGGAGACUAUGUCGAGCCUGUUGGAGUCCGUGGAAAGUUCAUUUCUGAGGGGAUUGUGGAAGAUCUGGAUCAGAAGCUGUGGGACUGGACUGAGAAGGAGUUGCGGGCACAUGUUGCCUCGGUGUGA